AUGGGGCACCAAGCAAGGAUAUCGGCAGCGCUCACCCUUGCAGUACUCCUGUGCACGCUGCUCGGUCACUGCGCCCAAGCAUGCACCAUCCCGGCACCAGAGUACACAAGCAAUGGCACCCACCUGCUAGUCACGUUCAACUUGACUGCCUGCCUAUCAGAUUCGCACGGCCACGACCUGCUCGAACAUGAACACUUCCAUCUCACCCUCCAGCCCACCGUCAACACGCUUUACGGCCUCCCCCCAACCGCCACCAUCCCCUCGGUCUCUGGUUUGGCGCGAACUUUGGAAGACGUCACGAUCAUUGCCCUCCUUCUGGCCACUAAUGUCUCGUCUCCCGUCAGCCGCUCACAGAUGAAUCACACCGUUACCUUCGCCGCCGCCUACUGCACGGCGACUUUUUCCUUCUAUUGUCUCGCCCCGCAGCAGUACUACUCAUGGUUUCUCACCGUUGACGACGACGAAAUCUUGGUCACCAGUCCAGCCGACAUUCAAAUUCCCGAGGCUUUGGAGUUUGACGGUGACAUCUAUGUCCAAGAGCUCACCAGCACCUCUGCCAACCUCAUUGUUCAUGCCCACACUGACGUGGCCAUGACUGCAGAGGUCCUGGUCUGGUUUAGCCAGGCUGGAAACAGCCUCUCCCCUUACAACAGCGUGCAAAUGUCCUAUGGCGCUGUCGUCAACUCGUCCAUCCACUCUCUGAACACGAGCAGCGGCCAUGCCUACCAAGUGUCCAUUCAAAAUCUGGUGCCCUUCACGCACUAUCGGGUGCAGAUAUUCCUCUUGCUCACCAACCUGGGUACAUAUCGGUCCGUGAACCAGAAUAUCACCACCCGCGCAGCAUUGGGCUCGGACCAGCAGCGGCUGACGUUCUCGUCCAUCGAGGUGUCUGCGACGAAUGCCAUCAUUGCCUUGCAGCCUCCCAGUCCAGACACCGGUGUCAUUCAUGCCAUUGAGCUGGCGGUGCUUCGAGAAGAUACGAAUGUUACCACCACUCUGGUCUACUUGAAUGGUGUCAGCACAAGUUUGAGUUUUGACAGAAACCAUGUUGAGGCCCGCUUCAUGAUUGAAGUCUCCGAUCUAGCUCCAUACUCCAAUUACUCCUUGCGCGCUCGUUUCGUCUUGGAUGGUGCCAUAUCGCGCUCCAUCGUGGAUCAAGUACCUCCCGAGCUUGGCGAGCUACUGGAGACUCGAAAUCGUCGCGCAGAUCUUAGUGAACUUUUGGACAGCCAGAUUGCCUACAACUACACCGGGCUGAGCCCUGAAACCCCGGCACUCCUCUCUGCUUGGACCGACCUGGUCCAGCUUCAGACUGCAGUUGCCAUCCCCAGCGCCGUGCAACUGUCUCGAGUCUACACAGAGGAGGUGACAGCCUUGAUUCAGCUACGUUGGGAUGCAGUGCCCAUCACAGCGCCGGGUAAUAUGAUUCUUAUCCUGCACUACUACAACCGAGAAAAUCUCGACACUUCGGUCCGCGAGCAAAGGCCGUAUCCUUUGGAUCAUCAGAUCAUCCUCAACGAACGCGACUUUUACAAGCUGGGUGUUCGUGAGAUUGCCGUCUCUGUCGCCAACAUAGUGGGCGAAUCAGAAGUCUCAAAUCAUGUUGCUUUUAUUGCCACGGGCCAUGACAGCAUCUGGACCCCCUAUCUCAUGGCCGUGGUCAUCCUCGUGCCCAUCGUGGUGGUCGUCCUUGUGUUCGUGGCUGUCUGGUAUCAUCGACGACGCGUGCUGGAAGAACAAAUUGUCUCUUUUCCACCCCCCGAUAAGUGGGAGCUGAAUGCCGGUGAGCUCAUUCUUGGACGACAGCUGGGCAAAGGUGAAUUCGGCAUUGUGCAUCAUGCCACCUACCUUGACGACGUCAUGGCUGUCAAGGAGCUCCGUCCUGGCGCCACAUCCAGCCAGGCACGCAGCUUCAUUGAAGAGGCUCUCAUUAUGAAACAACUGACCGAGAGUGGAGGUCACAUGAACGUUAUGCCCUUGAUUGGUGUGACGAUGCAGGCCAUGCCCUUGCGCAUCGUUGUGCCAUACAUGCAAAGCGGCAGCCUCUCCGAAAACCUGCGCACAUCGCACUUGAUCAAUCCCGAAUUUUUUGAUCUGCGACAAAGACUGUACUUUGCGAUGGAUAUAGCUCUGGGCAUGGAAUUCCUGGCAGAACAACAAGUUGUGCAUCGCGAUCUGGCCACGCGCAAUGUGCUGUUGACGGAGAAUUGGGUUGGCGUCGUCGCCGACUUUGGCUUGGCGCGCGAGGUAAAAAGCUUUUCCCGUAGUAACCGACAACAAAGCACGGGGUACUAUCGCAAGACUGGUGAGGUGAUUGCGGCCGUGCGCUGGAUGCCUCCUGAAGUCUUCACCUCGGGCGUUUUUGAAGAACUUUCCGACGUCUGGGCUUUCGGCGUGACGGUAUGGGAAAUCUUCUCGUGGGCCGCGCUACCUUAUGAAGAGCUCAACCAUGACAACGUCAUUUCAGAGGUUCUCAAGGGUGUCCGUCUGAAGCAACCAGAGGAGAUGCCCACAAUCAUCUUCAUGCUCUUGCAACGUUGUUGGAACCCGGAGCGACCCCGGUUCAGCACAAUUGCCAGCUUUCUUCGAAAAGCCAUGAUCAAGUUUCAGAUGCCUUAUCUAGAAGGCAUGGAACGUGUGCACCCGGAGGAGCGGUUGGAAUCAGCAGACAUGGAAACUCGAAAAGCCUCGCACACCAAGGAUCCCCUGGAGCAUCGCCAGAUUUCAGAAGCCUCCGCUCAGCUCCUCUCCACCUUAAUGCCGGAGCUGCCUGCUCAUGAAAUGGCCAUGAUGCAGCUCCUGGAUCACCCGAACGACCAUGGUCUUUUGGCAUACGGCGCCCCAGCUGCGAGUGUGCCUCUGAGCAAGAAUGAGCUUUGUGACAAUUGUGCUCGCAAAGCCAGUAUGCACGAACGAGAGAUCUUGACCAGCAUGCUGGCUGCUGAUGCUCGGUUGCCUUUGGCAUUGGCCGAGUCCCUUCCGGCUACGGAGUUGCCGCCCAGGGUGGUGGACAGCCUACGCAAAGCACAGCGAGAGGCACGCGAGGAGCGACUGGCCAUGGCCAGCCGUGGGCCAAGUCCUUUUGGCCGCCGGCAAUCCAGCACGGCAAAGCGGCCGUCGUCUCCAGGCCAUUUUGCGUUUGAGCAUGCUGAGGCUUCGCGUUCUCACCAGGAUCAAGAUGACAGCGAGGAAGAGGAGGACUUUGUGAUGGAAAUGGAUCACGCUUCCACCACCCCCACCGGUCCAGCAGCACAGCCUCGCCUACGCGACUGCCCGGGCACUUGUGCCGGAUUCGGUGGCAUCGAGCGCACAGUCGUCACCUCGUUCUUCUACUGUGGGGCGUCGUUAGGAUUUUACAAGAUUCAAUUGGACAUGAAUAUGCUAUUGCUUUUCGGUCGGGAAGGGGAGCUUUGUGGUCAUUUCUUAGCUCAUACUUCAGACAGUCUGCCGGUGGGCAUUGUUCAAACUUUGACGGAUCACGGGCGAAAAGGAUCGUGA